UCCCACUUAACGUUUUUUUUCUUUCGGUUUCUAGCGCACACGAAGGCUGCGACUCGGCUUCACACACACACACACACACACAAACACUCGGCUAUUUAUCACAUUUGAAAGCCGCCAUUACAAUAACACGAAACGGGAGCAGAGCGUAGACGACGAUAUUAUUAUCCACCCAGCGGCGACGACAUCGAUACCAACACCAACAAACGUCGUAAAACAGGCGCGCGUGUUCGUCGUCGUGGCAGCCCCUCGAAACCCACACACACACACACGCUCAUUGAACACAUACUAAGGCGCACAUCGGCUCCAACCAACUCUUCCGCCCAACCGUCGCCCCUCCCCUAACCGACAGCCCAAAUCUGCCGCCCUGUCCGCUAACAGUUCGGUUUUCGUGAUCGUGCUCUCGUUCGUGCCCGAAGUCGUCGCGACUCUGGCAGCGGCAGCGGCAGCAGCAGCAGCAGCAGCAGCGACAGCAACAAAUAUUAACAUUCAGGGACAACGACAACACGGCGACGGCGUCUGCGUCGACAUCCCUACGUUUCAGUUCUGAUUGGAGAUUCGUGCGCCGCCGUUGCUUGCACGCGGCAAUUGUUCAGCUCAGCUGUGAAUUAUAUUAAGUUAUUUUCCAAUUCCGAUUCCGUUUUCAACUCAUUCACAACUGUUGCAACUCUUGACUAUGCUUUUUGCAAUAACAAAAGAAUAACGAAGAAGAAUACAAAGUAUAACGGAGCAUUCAAGAAAACCAAUCUGAAACAGUGCCUCAAGUGUUUGUGCUUACAGUUAUUUUAGCAAAAACUUUCCAUCGCCUAGAAGAACAACAACAAGAAGAACAAGAAAAAGACAACAACAACGAGCGGAUUACGAAAGCUUCCAAGCAACGCAUUCUUUGAUAUUAACGUCAAAAUGUUAGGCAACUAAUCAACUAAAAAGGACGUCAAGGAUAUAUUUGUAUAUGAAUUAGAGAAUUAUCAAUUGCAUGCAAUACGUUAAAAACAACACAGGCAAGGAAUCUAUUGUCCGAACCAAAUUUGUUCCACGCCAAUUGACGGAACAAUUCAACUGACAAUUAACAAACAACACAAAAAAACCCCCCCCAAAAACGGCUUCCAAAUGAAGAUGGCAUCUCAACGGUUUUGUUUGCGCUGGAACAACCAUCAGAGCAAUCUGUUAUCUGUCUUUGAUCAGCUGCUGCACGCGGAAACCUUUACAGAUGUGACGCUGGCCGUCGAAGGACAAUACCUGAAGGCGCACAAGAUGGUGCUAUCCGCCUGCAGUCCAUAUUUCAAUGCACUGUUUGUCAAUCAUCCCGAAAAGCAUCCGAUUGUCAUAUUGAAGGAUGUGCCCUAUUCGGACAUGAAGUCGUUAUUGGACUUCAUGUAUCGCGGCGAGGUGUCUGUCGACCAGGAGCGUCUCACCGCCUUUCUGCGCGUCGCCGAGAGUCUGCGCAUCAAGGGCCUGACCGAGGUCAACGAUGACAAGCCCACAUCAGCAGAAAGCGCCCCAGCGCCGCCCCAAUUGCAACGCAUACAGCCGUACCUGGUGCCGCAGCAGCGCAAACAGCCAAAUGUGCUGGCUGCCAAUGCCGCAGCGGCCGCGCUUCAAGCAGCUGCCACGCAGCAGCAGCACCAACAGCAGCAGCAGCAGCAGCAGCCGUCGCUGCUCAGCACCGCCCUGAUGCCCAAACGUAAAAGGGGCAGACCCCGCAAGCUCUCCGGCAGCUCCAAUGGCACCGGCAACGAUUACGACGAGUUUGAACGCGAGGGCCUCAUGAAUGACUCGGAUAUGGGCAAUGGCAAGCUGUGCAAUGAGUCGUAUUCCGGCAACGAUGAUGGCUCCGAUGACAACCAGCAAGAAUCUGCGCACAAUGACGAUCUGAAUGAAAGCCGCGACUCGCUGCCCACAAAGAGAUCAAAGAGCGGGAAAGAUCAGCGCAUGGCACAACAAGACGACAACAGCACUUCUGAUGGCAAUGACAGCGAUGGCGACGCCCUGGAUACAUCCUAUAUGGAGCCGCAACUGAUGCUGGAUGAAUACGACGAGCCCGUGGAAUUUAAGUAUAAUCCCCUAACGGACAGCUCACCGACGCAGGAUCAGAACCCAUCAGCGGACAAUCAACAUAUCAACGAGCAGGCGCGCCAGCAGGCAUUCCUCAUUGCAGCACAGCGGAAACAUCAGGCGGAAACCGCGGCGCUGGCUGCCUCAACAACAGCUGGCGGGGGCGGCGGCGGCGGCGGCGGCGGUUUGAAGCUCAACAUCAUUGGCAUAGCCAGCGCAGCGGGUGGCGGCAAGUCCAUGGUCAGCAUACCGAAGCUGACGCCGAUUGGCAAGGUGAAUGCCGCCUCGACGCCGCUGGUGUCGCCCGCCUCGUCCUCCUCGUCCAAGCCGCGUGCACAGAAGCGACCCAAGCUGAAGCAGAAUGGCGAUGUUAAGAGUGUGUUUGCCGCUGGGCAGGAAUAUCUAGAUCUGUACAAUAGCAGCGAUGGCUUUAAGCUCAAAUCGGAGCUGUUGGGCGGCAGCACGCCCAAUCUGAGCAGCAGCAGUGCGGGUGGCGCGGGCAGCAUAUCCGUUACGCCCACUGUGAAAACCAAACUCAAUCUCAGCAGCAAUGUGGGCGAGGGCGAAACGGAGGGCUCUGUGCGCGACUAUUGUACCAAAGAGGGCGAGCAUACGUAUCGCUGUAAAGUCUGCUCCAGGGUCUAUACACACAUUAGCAAUUUCUGCCGGCACUAUGUGACCUCGCACAAGCGCAAUGUCAAGGUGUAUCCGUGUCCGUUCUGCUUUAAGGAGUUCACGCGCAAGGAUAACAUGACGGCGCAUGUCAAGAUCAUACACAAAAUCGAGAAUCCAUCCACAGCGCUCGCCAAUGUGGCAGCUGCGAGUUUGGCAAAUCAAUCGGGCCUGGGCGUGGCCGUUGGCACAGCCACGCCGCCGGAUUUGAAUGCGCAGAACUCGAAUCAAUCGCUGCCGGCGACAAGCAACAAUGCAUUAUCCACCUCAUCAUCGUCGUCGACAUCAUCCUCCAGCGGCUCGUUGGGGCCGCUGGCAACGGCAGCAGCGGCCGCUGCCGCGGCGCAGUAAUCUCCACACAUACAGACACACACACACACACAUAAACACAGAGCCGCAUAUUCCAAAAUGAGAACUAUUAAAGAAAGAGAAAAGCAAAAGAAAAUGUAAGAAAAGCCUGAGGCAGCGCCAGGCGCUACGUGUGCCUUAUGUGCUUUAAGUGGGC